AUGGCGACUCUGUCAGUGUGCCAGCCGCAGCUCGGAGGUUUCAGUUUCGAAAAUUGCAAGAGGUAAGGAUUCAGUGAGAUUACAAAAAGAGAGGCGCAUGUCCACGUGUUUAGUGACUUUUAGAUUUGGAGAUAAUUUAGAAAUGUAUUCUCUGUGUUGAGUUAUUUGAUGUCGGGCCGCUCCGUCCUCUUCACGGCCUGCUUGAAUGACUCAGACAUUUCUCAACGCUAUUUUUCUAGAGUAAGUGAUAAAUGAAAGAAUAGCGGAAAAAAUGUUACAAAAUGAUUUCGUAGGCUGCGACAAUUUACACGUGGUGAUGAAUACUCCGUUUUCAAACUCCCAGAAGUAAACCUGACAAAGUUAGCCACAGUUUGAGUAUUAGCUAGGCUAGCUAUCGAGCCAAUAAUAGUAGCCAGCCAGUAUUAUUAACCUGCAAGCGGAAAACGAUACAUACCGUAGUUAGUUGGCUAAAUUAGCCAACUUGCUAGCUAGCUACAAGUUGUUUAAGUCACAACCGUGUUGCAUUUAUAAAUGAAAAUACAUAUUGACUUGUAAGAUUUUUGGUGUCAAGUUUGACAUCCAUCUAAUUUCCCGUUGACUUGGCUUGCACUCAACCCGCCGCAUCGCUGCCCGCCUAUGAUACAGCAUAUUUUAGUUAGAACCCUAUCAAUUUACCUGGCCAGAUCGUUAUCUAAGAUUGUUGUGUGCAAUGGUUGUAGAAUAUUAUGGAUUAGCUACAUUUUAUAUCGAAUUGGCUACCAUUUGAACACAUUCGUGUUAAAUGUGACAAGAUCAAAUUGUAUUUGUCACAUACACGUGUUUAGCAGAUGUUAUUGCGGGUGUAGCGAAAUGCUUCUGCUUCUAGCUCCGACAGUAAAGUAAUAUCUAACAAGUAAUAUGUAACAAUUUCACAACAUAUAACCAAUACACACAAAUCUAGUAAGGAAUGGAAUUUAAGAAUAUAUACAUAUAUGGACAAGCAAUGACAGCGGCAUGGACUAAGAAACAGUAGAGUAUUAUAGAAUAAAAUACAGUAUAUACAUAUGAGAUGAGUAGUACAAGAUAUGUAAACAGUAUUAAAGUGACUAGUGUUCCAUUUCAAUAGGCAGCAGCAGCCUCUAAUGCAUAGUCAUCAAGGGCCCAUGAAGUACUGAAGUCAUGUGUCAAUGACUUUCUAGCAUGCACAGUUUCUGACCAUGUUUCUGUUGUUUUAGGAAUGCAGUCUUGGAAGCUGAAGUUACCAAAUUAGGAUGCAACAUACCCGCUGCCCGGAAAACAGGCACCACAAUCUGUGGGGUUGUUUUUAAGGUAAGGAUAACUGUUUGCCUAUUUAUUUCACCUCUGCCAUAGUGAUGAACUUAAGCUACUUUCCUGAAGUAGCCUAAGUUCAGGCUGAGCGCUCUAUAAUUCCACCAUUCCUUCCAUUAUCCUGUAGGUGGUUAAGUUUGAUUUAAUAUAUAAAACUCCACAUUUUGACUUGAGAGCUAUCAAACAUUGAGCAAGAAAUGCAUGCAAUAUGGCUACAUUCACUCAUUUAAAAAAGCUACUUGAUUGAACUUGUUUUUCUCCGUCCCUGUAGGAUGGGCUAGUUCUUGGUGCUGACACCAGGGCCACAGAGGGCAUGAUUGUGGCAGAUAAGAACUGCUCCAAGAUCCACUACAUCUCCCCUAACAUCUAGUAAGGGGCCCCUUUUCCCAUAUUUUUUUUUCAUGUUUUAAGAUUAGAGUUGUGUGAGUUAGGGCUGGGCAAUAUGGCCAAAAUAUCAUGAGAUAUUUUUCACAUUAUUGACAGUAUUUUACGUUUUUCAAUAAUAAAAGUUCUAAAUGUGUUUUGAGUAGUUCAUAAAGCACAUUUAGACCCUAGGGUGGCAACAUAUACAUUAUAAGUGAUUUCAAUGGGGUUUUCUCCAUUCUGAUUGUUUUAUACUGUUUCAUUCUAACUCCAAACAAAAAUAGUCUGCAUUUUCAUCAAUUUUGGCACUUUUAUUAUAAUUUCCCCACUGUGCUACGCAGGGCUGCAUGAUAUGGGCAAACAUCUAGGCCUAGUUAAUUGGAUAACUGUUGGAAUCAUGGAAAUAAAAUGAUUAUUCUAAUUCUAUAGUUGGAAUAUCGUGGGCAGCACCUUGAAUACAUUGUUUGAAAUAACAAAGAACGAAUGAAUACAGUAAGCCAGGGAGGAAUUAUUGACAGGUUAGGAACCAAAGUGUUGGUCAGUGUUUCCAGGUGACCCUAAUUAGAUGUUACAUUACAUGUUUUCUUACCUCAUGUAGCUAGCUUGCUAACAUAUUGGGCGGCAGGUGGCUUAGUGGGUAAGAGCGUUGUGCCAGUAACCGAAAGGUCGCUGGUUCUAAUCCCCGAGCCGACUAGGUGAAAAAUCUGUCGAUGUGCCCUUGAGCAAGGCACUUAACCCUAAUUGCUCCUGUAAGUCGCUCUGGAUAAGAGCGUCUGCUAAAUAAGUUAAUUAAUUAAUUAAUUAAUAAUUAAUUAAUUAAUAUUCAUGCUUUGCCUAUUCUUCUCUGAUUUUAUAAAAUACCGUUGCACAAACAACAUGCUUAUCUAUGCCUACACCAGCACAGGUACCAGGCUGUAUUAGUUAGCUAGCUACGUUUGCUCUGACUCUUAUUACAUUUAGCAAGCUAGCUAGCCAGCUAACUAGCGAUAAGCAUUAGUGGCUAACACAAUUUAUUUUAGCAACAACUUGCUAAGAAUACACAAACUAGCAGACAGUAGUUUGCAGACAGUGGAAAGCAGCAUGUCACCAACAUCUUGUUGCAUCUAUCUGACCAUGCAGAGUGAACGGCAAGAAAGUGCUCUUGUCUCUGGUUGAGCAACUGCUCUCUCCUUGAGUGACAGGGGGCGGGGCUUGGUGUGGUUAGCGGCAUGCAGCAGGAGGAAGGAGAAAGAUGACUAAGGUAGCAAACGGAGUAAACUACAAAAACGGACAUUACACCCGCCGGAGAUGCAGGUCACAUUUAACAAGCCAGACAUUGAUAUACUGUUAUAGAAGGUAAAGUUAAAAACCCAAACCAGUCCAUGCAGCAGUACCAGUGUAUAUAGUAAAAUAGGGUAUACCGCCCAGCCCUAGGGUGAAUGUCCUGACAGGGUUGUGAUGUACUACUGUGUAACAGGAAUUCUGUUUGGUUAAUGGGAAUGACAUCUCUAUUGUGUAUCGUGGUGUUUCAGUGAACACUGGUCGAAACACAUCCUGCCUUUUUAGUCUUUAGCCUACAUCAGAGGCGUCACGUGAUUUAAAAUCAGUAUUUAUUUAAAGUGUAGGUUCAUAAAUGCAUGUCAACUCCGUAAUCCUAACCUCCACUCUGUUCCGUGUCUGUCCAGUUGCUGUGGAGCGGGCACGGCAGCAGACACUGAGAUGACCACCCAGAUCAUCUCCUCUAACCUGGAGCUGCACUCCCUCUCCACGAGCCGGCUGCCCCGCGUGGCCACUGCCAACCGCAUGCUCAAGCAGAUGCUCUUCAGGUAUGCCACCCAUCCAGCCCCCCCCCCCCCGAGUGUCUGCAGGUUUUUGCUCCUCCCUAGUACUUGAUUGAUUAAGGUCACUAAUUAAUAAGGAACUCCCCUCACCUGGUUGUCUAGAUCUUAAUUGAAAGGAAAAACCAAGGCCCUCCAUGGAAUACGUUUGACAGCCCUGUGGGGUGCCGUGUGUCAAUAUGUUGUGUAAAGGAGUCAAUAGAAUAGAAGGAACAGUUCAUUGAUUGUUGCAUUCGCAGAUACCAGGGUCACAUUGGCGCUGCCCUGGUGCUAGGUGGAGUGGACUGCAACGGUCCCCAUCUCUACAGCAUCUACCCCCAUGGCUCCACUGACAAGCUUCCCUACGUCACCAUGGGUGAGUCUGCCACCUAACUCAUUUACUUACCGUGUUCUUUCUUAUUUUAUUUUCUAUUUUUUUGCGGGGUGGGUAUUUUACCCCCGUUUUCUCCCCAAUUUCGUGGUAUCCAAUUGGUAGUAGUUACAGUCCCUGUCCCAUCGCUGCAACCCCCGUACGGACACGGGAGAGGCGAAGGUCGAGAGUCGUGCGUCCUCUGAAACCCAACCGAGCCGCACUGCUUCACCCGGAAGCCAGCCACACCAAUGUGUUGGAGGAAACACCGUACACCUGGCGACCGAGUCAGCGUGCACUGCGCCCGGCCCGCCACAGGGGUCGCUAUAGCGUGAUUGGACAAGGACAGCCCUGCCGGCCAAACCCUCCCCAACCCUGGACGACGCUGGGCCAAUUGUGAGCCGCCCCAUGGGUCUCCCGGUCGCGGCCGGCUACGACAGAGCCUGGAUUCGAACCAGGAUCUCUAGUGGCACAGCUAGCACUGCGAUGCAGUGCCUUAGACCACUGCGCCACUCGGGAGGCACUUCUUUCUUUCUUUUGAUACUGCCAUGCGCCACUAGAGGACGCUGCUGUUUGCACUCAACUCUCCUUUUUCUGAAGCUGUUAUUCUCAAAGUCAAACCACAUUACAAGUCUACAGACGUGCUCAAUCCUGUCAGACGAGUUUAGUGUCAAGUGACUUUUGAGAGAAAAUGUGAGUUUGGUUGGCCAGGAAGAUUUGUCGAAACCCCCACGAGUACAGACCUUGUUUCUAUCGCAAAACCAAGACUAAGCAGGAAUCCCAUCCAUGCACAUCUACAAACUUCCUACUCUACCCUGGUCCAUCUUUUCUGGCUCCAUUCAGCUUUACCACUUUAAUUUGAAUGAAAAUGGAAAAGUCAACAAGAGGAGCCAAUCUGCAAAAUACAGACGGAGCUAAAUUUUAAGAACAGCUGUGUGUGUUGAAGUGAAGGACUCUGCUCAGUUCCCACGGAACCCCCCUCUGUACCCCUCAUUCCACUGCAGGUAUAUGAGGACAGCCUCCCUUUGCCAUUCACCAAACACCUGGAACCCCGACCCUAUCCCCACAAUGGUCGAAUCUUACCCAGUUCUGCUGUGGGCGGCAACUUUUCUCCAAAGCUCAUCUAA